UGCCCGCUAUUGGCUGGGGCUCCACCUGCCGUCAGCUCUGGCGCCCCGUACAGUUGGGCUCCCUGUCUUCUGCCCUAUCAAUCUCAAUGGGCACCAGCCACUGUUGAUGUUCCUCCCACCUGCCGUUUUCUCUCUUAUCCCCCGCUCUCUCCUCCCCCCCUCCCCCUAUAAUUUCCUGUUUAUUCCACAUAGCAGGAGAGAAUGGAGGCUUUUGUGAUGUCAUGCUUACAGCCAGGAUUUCAUGAUAUUAGAAUGCUGAGGUCACAAUGCAAGAGGGAGGAAUGGUUUCGUAGGUGGUGGACUUGACGCUGCACGCACAAUGGUUGAACGUCGUAAGAGCUCUCUGGUGGCUGACCUAGGCGGUCAGGGACUUAUUACUGAAGCAGAAGUCCCCGAGAUCAACUGCAGAUAUGUCACUCGUAGUCAGGAUGACUGGGACGUGGAAGAGUUUAUCUCGAAAACAUGCAUGGGGACAUUCCUCCAUCAUCCAGCCUUCAGGCUGCUCCUGGCCAGCUUCAUCAUCCUCAACGCCAUCACUAUUGCUGUGCGAACAGAGCCAACGUUAGAAGAGAAAUACUUUGGGUUCUUCUCAGCCAUAGAUAUGAUUGUCAUGUCUCUCCUUUUCUGCGAAGUAAUCCUCAACUGGUACUAUGGCUUCUCCUUAUAUUGGAAGGAUGGCUGGAACAUAAUAAAUUUUUUCAUUAUGCUGCUUCUGUUCCUUGGCCUGAUCUUUACCGCACUGAAUGACAGAACAAUUGUCCACAUGCUCAGAGUCAUGAGACUGAUGCAUGUUUGCACCAUGGUGACUGGUCUGGCACGGAUGAUCCAGGUGAUCCUGCAGUCCAUUCCUGACAUGGCUAACAUCAUGAUCCUGCUUUUUGCCAUCAUGCUGGUCUUCUCUGUGUUUGGUGUUACCCUCUUUGGAAGCACGGUCCCAACGCAUUUUGGGAAUAUGGGGACUGCUUUGUACUCCCUGUUCAUCUGCAUAACGCAGGAUGGGUGGAUUAACAUAUAUGACGACUUUGAAAAGGAAGGUCUUGCUUUGGAGAUAGGCGGGGCUCUCUAUUUUUUCAUCUUCAUCACGUUUGGGGCCUUCAUCUUUGCAAAUCUGCUUGUGGCCGUGGUGACGACGAACCUAGAACGGUCUGUAAGUGAAUACAAAGAGAAGAAGCAGUCGGAAGCUCAUAUCCCUGUCAAUAUGGCCGACGCUGGAAUGGAUGAAGGCAGUGAUGAUGAUGUUGAACCAAGUCACCAAGAACCUCUGCAUGUAAGAGAGGUCAUGCGUGCUACACCCAUGGUGCACCACCAGAAUUUGCUUAGCCUUGGGAACUUGGGCAACCUGAAUGAAGGCACCUGCGAAGAACUCUGCGUUGUCCUGGAAGCAAUCCAUGAGAACCUGAAGGCGUACCGGGUGAUCCGGGAUGAGAUUGACCAAAUAGUCGAUGAAGUGAGGUCCAUCAAAUUCAAUGUAGAUCAGGAGCAAGAGGUGGUUCUGCGAAACAUCCGUGGAUCUAACAUCUCGGAGAGUAUGCUUAAUGCGGAUCCCAUGCAACCAAAGAGUGGCGAUCUUCUCAGUGCAAUGUUUAGCCUGGAAAAGAUAAGCCCGGACGUGGAAUUCCAAAAGGGAGGGGUGAAAUCAGCCGCCAUGAGAGUACGGCGGCAGUCUGUGACUCCGGUGGAGAAGGCAACCAAACCUCCAAAGCCUGAAGCUCAUCGGUUGAGUUUGCCAUCAGAGGCUCCACCGAAAUCUUCGAUCCAUCGGUUGAGUUUGCCGGGACCAUCUGUAUCAAAAGUUCCAAGUACUCAGAUGACUUUGCCACCAAGCUCUGAGGACAGCAGCCGCAAGCCGCCACAAAGCUCUGAGGACAGCAGCAGCAAGCCUCAGGAUAGCUUGGCUGUCAGGCCAGGACACAGGGCUCGCAGGCGUCGGGAAAGCAUAAAACCCCCUGAAAAACCAGGAGAGUGAGGAGAGACAAAUGCACAAUCAGGACUACAGAGACUUGCAUAUCAUGGGAAAACAGCAUCCAAGCAGAGAAUGCAAAAAGCAGGAGUCAAGUGGAGGGAGAGGCUUCUGAGUGGAGGCUGCAUCUGAAGAAGUGUCAAAAGGGGAAGG